AUGGAUCCCUUUGAGAAAUUCGAACUGGUUAAAUAUGUUGGUAAGGGUGGAUUUAGUAGCGUUUAUUCAGCUCUUUGGACGGAAGGACCUAGAUGGAUUUGGGAUGAUGGUGCGCAAAUCGCUGGAGGACUUGAAAGAAUCCAUUCCGAGGGAAAAAUUCACAGAAAUCUUCACGGAGGAAACUUACUUGUCGAAGACGAAAAAGUAUCUACGGAUGCUCGUAUUGCUGACGUUGGUCUUCAUGGGCCAUGUAAUAAUGACAUAAAUAAUGGUUCAAUUCAAAGAUACGGGGUCUUACCAUAUGUUGCGCCAGAAGUUUUACGUGGCGAUAAUUGUAAUAUUGCUUCUGAUAUAUAUUCAUUUGGUAUAGUUAUGAAUACUCUUGCAACUGGAAAAAGACCCUGGUAUAAUAGAGCACAUGAUAUUAAUUUGGCAAAAGAUAUUUGUGAUGGAGAAUGGAUUAUUUUAAUAUGCGAUGACCCAAAUCCUUCAAAGAUUUCGGACGAGAAUUCCGUUGCCGAAGAAAAAAGAUGGAGGAAAAUUUCUCAAUUCUUAUCUUCAUUAGGCCGUUCCAAUAUAAUUGUUGGUUUAAUGAUGAAAAGUUUGAGGGGGAGGGAAUUACAUAAACAAAAAUGGAUCACUUUUGAGAAAUUCAAAGUGGUAAAAUAUAUCACUAAGGGUGGAUUUAGUAGCAUUUAUUCGCCCCUUGGAACUUGGAAGGAAGAACCUAGUAGAUGGAUUUGGAAUAAUGGUGUGAAAGAAAUGACUCGAGCCGGGCCAUUGAAUGUUACUUUAAAGCGUCUCGAUAGUUCACAAAACAUUUCAUGUUCUUAUAUUAAUCAGUGGAAUUAUUUCCUGAAAGACAUGGCGAAUCGAUGUGUUGUGGAGAUCGCUGAAUGUCGAGAAGAAUUUAUUCCGAAAGAAAAUCUUCACGGAGGAAAUUUAAUUAUCAGAGAUGAAAGCGAGCCAGAAAAACGUCCAACAGCAUCAUAUUGA